CUGGGCGACCCGCACACGGCUCGCUUAUCAAGCCGCCAAACGCAGCGCUUUCGCGUGGCCAGCCCCCCAGCCAAUGUGCCUGCAACGAGCAAGAGAAGGAAGGGGCGGCACCAAGUGGACAGCAGUCUGCCAGCUUCAAUAAAAGUAUGUAAGCCUCCCGCGGGAUCUUGGGAGGACGAGGUCGAGUCUUUUAACCCGUGCCAUGAUGAGGACUGUGGCAGCCUAGUGGUAUAUCUCACCUGGAAGAACGGUCAAAAGACGCAACACGAGACGAAAGUUAUAUACCAGUGUUGCCCUCAGAAGGUAAGACCGUCCGCCUCGCCGGGAGAAGCCACUCCUUUUCCAGCUGUAAUGCUAACGGGAACGCUAUAG